AUGACCGCUUCGGUCCUCGGAAAGCGCACCCGGAGUGCCAUCUCGUCUGCAGGCCGCAAAGAUUUGGGCGCCACGACGCGAUGCACCAGAAGCAGCCACUUCGUGGUGCUGGACGAUAGCGAAAAAGAAAAUCCCUUCGUCACCCCGACGAAGCCGCGCGCUUCAAGGAUUGCCCAUUUGGAAGCGGACGAGCCAACCGACGAGGACCUACCCGCGAAGCGCACGAGAGGAACCCCCACGAGCCCCGCGAAACAUGGCGCCAUCCAAGGCAGGGUCGCUCUUUCCCCGGCGAAGGCCAAUUCGCAAUUCAAAAGCACGGACCCGAAGUCUUCGCAAGAUUCGACUCCCUCGACCCCUCGGCAUCGGGAUGCGUGCGCAAACAAGGUCGCAGUCACCCCCCGCCACCGCGUUUCCAUUGCUGGCAAACCCUUGACGCCGCGCACACCCCGCACACCAAGCACCCCUCGGACUUCCGUUACGACCAUCUACAACGACGCGCGCCAGCUCUUUAUCCGCGGUUCUCAACCGGGCCGGUUGAUUGGCCGCGAGGACGAGAGGAGCGAGCUCCAGCAGUUUGUGUCUUCGCGCGUUGGCUCCAAAAAGUCUGGAUGCCUGUACAUCUCCGGCCCUCCCGGCACCGGGAAGAGCGCAUUGGUUGGCGAAGUUUGCCAAGAGCUCGACGAGGCCACCGUGAAGAGAGCGUACAUCAACUGUAUGAGCGCAAAGAGUGCAAACGAACUCUACAUCAAGCUUCUGGAAGGAAUCGGCGAGACUGAGGAUGUCUUGGAGGGGACAGAACAGGAGACGCUGCAGAAGAUCAUGUUCAGGCGCGAUGUAUCGUACGUGGUGACCUUGGACGAAGUCGAUUACCUCCUCGAGCUGGAUCUCGAGUUGCUCUACAACAUCUUCGAGUGGUCCAUGCGGCCAAAGUCGAGCCUCAUCCUUCUGGGCAUUGCGAACGCUCUGGACUUCACCGAUCGCUUCCUCCCCAGGCUAAAGUCUCGGGGCCUCAAGCCUCAGCUCCUCCCCUUCAUGCCAUACUCGGCUUCUCAAGUUGCUUCAGUCAUCAGCUCCAAGCUGAAGACCCUGCUUCCUUCCGACACAACCGCCUCAGCCGACUUUGUUCCGUUCCUUCACCCGACUGCAAUCCAGUUUCUCUCCAAGAAGAUCGCUGCCCAAACCGGAGAUCUUCGCAAAGCGUUCGACAUUUGCAGAAGAGCCAUUGACAUGAUCGAGUCGAGCGUGCGCGAGCAGCAUGCGAGGAAGGCGGCAGAGGAGUCGUCGGAGCCCGCUGCUACGCCGUCUAAAACCAUUCUCAUUGAGAACAUGAACCUCUCUUCGCCUGCUCGGACUCCGACAAAGACCUCUCGGCACUCAGCUGAGGCGUCCUCUCUUCUAAAACUCACAGUGGAAACGGCUCCUCGCGCGACGAUCGCCCACAUGGCGCGUGUGACUGCUGCUGUCUUCAACAAUGGAACAACUCAACGCCUUAAGAACCUCAAUUUACAGCAGAAGGCUGUUCUCUGUGCGCUUUCGGCUCUUGAGAAGAAGCUGCGCGAUGCGGCUGCUUCGGUGCCUCCUUCGACACCGUCGAGGCACAGCGCGGCAGCGCCCACCAUCAAAGCGCUGUACGACGCUUACGCCCGACUUUGCAAGCGUGACAACGUUCUGCACCCUCUCACCAGCACCGAGUUCCGCGAUGUAAUCGCCAGUCUGGAGACUUUGUCGUUGAUCUCCGCGCUUGAGGGUAAUGGCAAGAGCGGUAGCUUCUCUGUCCCUUCAACGCCAAGCAAGCGGGGCGGUCGUGGUGGUGGGGGCUUCAGCGCCGGACUUGUCGAGGAGAAGAGGGUUUCGAGCAGCGUCAAUAUGAAAGAACUGGGUGGUGCGCUGGAUGGGCCCGGCAGCGGUGUGUUGAGGGGCUUGCUCAAUGGAGAGAUUGUUGCAUAA